AUGGCUACAUUAAAAAAACGAAUUUUACAGAACAUCAGCCAAACAACCACUAUAGACGCAAUAGAGCAAUCUCAAGAAACAUCGCCGACGACAGCAACGCUAAUUCUUGAUAGUAAAAACCCGUCAAUCCCGCCAUUGACUCAUAAAGUUCGUCUUGUGGAAGUGUCCACCUCAUAUCGUCGUUUUACUGACUUUACAAAACGUUUGAAAAUAUUGAAAACGCUUCGAGAAUAUAACGAAGCUCUCGCAGACUUCACUGAUCGAUUGAUUCUCUUUCGAAAUUGUAUUGAUGAUUGUAUAACAGUAUUAAUACAGCAUAUUCUUGAAGCAGUUGAUCCAUUAAUUCAAAUUACUUUCAUUAAUACGCUAACCAUUGUCGAACAACGUUAUCCAAAUAGUUCAAUAAAAUACGUCAAUGAUUUACUUGACUUUGGCAAACAAACAAAAUCGAUUAAAGUAGCUGCUUGUCUACUCAGUUAUUUCUCCAUCUUACCAACAUCAGCAUUUCUGGAUAAGAACGCAUUCGUUCAUUAUGCUAUUCAAUAUUCCACAAAUAUCCACGUUCGAGUACAGUUAUGUGCGUUUAAACUACUUAGUACACUUGGUCGAGCACCUGAUCUUGACUCAGCACUUCAAUUGAAAAUUAUCAAUAAAUUACUUCAAGCGAUCGAUCAUGAUGAUGCGCGUGUUCGAGCGGAAUCAUUACGAACUAUUGUGGAUCUAUUUAAAUGCAAAGUGGGACUAGAUUCGAAACAUUAUACUUUAUUUGUUGAAUGUUUACAAGACUACUACGCAGAAGUACGUUUAGCUGCAUGUGAAGCUUUGUUUCUUCUUGCUGUCAAUGCACCAGACAGUCCGGUGCCAACAGGAUCAUCAACUGAUGAUUCGUCAAAAUUAAUCAAUCAAAUUUUUCGAGUUAUCUGUGAUUUAACAAAUGACGAAGCAAAGAUCGUUCGAGUACAAGCCAUGAAAAUGAUUGGACAAUUAUGUCGAAAUGGUGUGGAUAUCAGUCUAAUCCAUCAAACAUUAGAUAAAAAACUCUUGCGGAUAACGAAAAAGAAAGCUUUUAUUGCCAAAGUCGAACAAUUAGAUAGUGAAAUGGAUGAUAUUACUGUACAUGAUGUUACUGUUGAUGCUCAAUCAGCAUCGAUUACAGCCAUAGGCCCUUGUGGUGCAUUGAUCAGUGGGCUUGAAGAUGAAUAUUCUGAUGUUCGUGCUGCUGCGAUUGAUUCUUGUUAUGAUAUUUCAUGUUGUCAUGAUGUGUUUCAAUCGAAACUCGUUGAAUAUAUUGUUUCCAUGUUUGAUGAUGAUAUUGAACACGUUCGACUACAAGCAAUGCGUGUUUUAGGUAAAAUAGCGCAAGGCCGUGUUCUUCGCGGUGAACAAGUCUUAUCAAUUCUUACCGAAUUACUUAGUCGUUCGUAUGAUAUUCGUUCAGCACUUCAUGAUAUUUUACGAGUUGUACGGAUUGGUGAUCCCGAUACAUUAUAUAAACUCUUUCAUCGUUUGGUGGAAAAUAUUCAACGAUUUAAAACUGACACCCACUCGGUGCUAAGAUGUCUUCGAGAACUAGGACAGAAUAACAGUGCAUUUAUCGCCCUUCUUUUGCCAAAAUUAUUACCCAUGCACAGUUAUUUAGAUGUUCAAGAACCCCAAUUUUCCAAAAUUGAUCAUACUUGUGCAUUAAUUGUGGUCUUGAAUGCCGCGCUGUAUCAUCCAUCGAUUAUUUCGAUUCUUCCCGACUACGUCUUUCGACAUUAUCGAUAUCUGAGAACGAAAGAACCUGAUUUAACACCCAAUCUUGAAAAGAGUUUUUCACAUAGUCAUCUAACAACAACCACAACAUUCAAUGCAGACACGUCUCUCUCUAUCGCUAGUCCAUCAUCGCAUGACGUAUUCGAACGUAUUUUAAAACUUUCAGAACAAGGCCAAGACCUUCAUGCUAGUGAUAGACAGAAAUUCUAUCGAAAUCUUGCUGCAGAACUACACAAAGUCGCUGAAAUGGAUGUUAAUCUGCUAGCUAUAUCUGAAUGUAUAUCACUUUACUAUCAAGUACUCGCUAUUAUCACAUAUCAAUGUAACACUCGAACUUGUCUUAAGGCAUUAUCAAUAUGUAAACGUUUAUUGACUGUAUUUCAUGGUUAUUCUAAAGAACAAUUAUUUAUCUUUCAACAAUUACAUCUCUAUUGUCAUUUGUUGUUGGUUUCACUCCAAACGAAGUUGACAACCAACGUUCGUCAACGUUGUUACAAGCAUAUUCAGUGGCAACGAGAGAAGAUGAAAGAUAAUCAAAUUGAAAUCGACUCGGACGAGAAAUUACUUCAUACAAACCUUAUCUCUUACGCACAACAAUUUAUUUCAAAAAUUUCCAAACAUCCUUUAUUCAAUAAAACAAAUUUUAUUAAAGCAAAUGAUCCAAUUCGUAUGACAUCUGUGACAUUCCUGGAGCCGGAGGUAGAUGUGGAGCAAGUUCUAGAAUUUCUACCUGGUCUAUCCGUGUCCAUUUCUUGCUUAAUGAAUGCGAAAAAUCUUGACCGACAACAAACAAUUAAUAUCAAAGUUUCGUAUUCCGAUGGCAAAUCGUGUUUAUUACCAAUUACCGACGAUAAUAUUCGAACAUUAACCGAAGAUAAUUCGUUGCGAAUCGACUCAAAGAUCACAUUUUCACAUCACCAUUGGCUUCGUCCUGAUCAUGCCGCAUUUUCCAUUGUACUGUUCCCCAUUCGAUCGCAAUGUUUUAUCAUGGAUGUCAAUGAAGAAUAUAUUGAAAUAACCAAACCAAUUCGCGCACUAAUUCAUCCAAAAUAUUCGCAACAUCGUUCACGAAAGAAGCAUAGCGCCGAUGAGAAAACAGCGACAACGACAACAACAACAACGCCCGUUGCGCAGUUAGAAAUAGAUAUGGGCGACGAUGAUAAUGAUGAACAUGACGCGGAAUGGUUAGAUGAAACGGGCGCUGAUGAAGAAGAAACGGGACAUAUGGAUGACGAUGAAUCGGAAAUGGAUACCAGUCAGGAUGAAGAACAAGUUGAUUUUGUAGAAAGAAGAGCUAAUCACGAUAGCGACGAUGAUGAUGAUAGCAUGACAUAUUAA